UCGAUCGAGUUGUUGGUAUAGUUACUUCCGUUUAAUUUUCAUUCGACUUUUUUGAGGUCAAUGAGAGCAACGUUGGAAUGUGUUUAUCAAAUCAAGUUAUGAAAAAACUUACAUAGUUUUUCGACAAUGUUGUGCACAACAAUUGUAAAUAAUUUUACCGCAUGUUCAUUGGAUUAUUAUUCUUUUAUCGUAUUAUAACUUUUUCCAAUUUCCUUUGACCAACGCCUUGAUAUCACCGGUUUUGAUAUUUAACCAUUAGUGAAGAAAGUACAAGCCUAAUGAGAUGGGGAAAAUAUUAUCUAAAAUAUUCGGUAACAAGGAGAUGAGGAUAUUGAUGUUAGGUUUAGAUGCAGCUGGAAAAACAACUAUUCUGUACAAAUUAAAGCUAGGACAAUCAGUUACUACUAUCCCAACAGUCGGCUUUAACGUAGAAACAGUCACUUACAAAAAUGUGAAGUUUAACGUUUGGGAUGUAGGGGGGCAAGACAAAAUCCGCCCACUCUGGAGGCAUUAUUAUACUGGUACACAUGGCUUAAUAUUUGUUGUGGACUGUGCAGACAGAGAUAGGAUAGAUGAAGCCAAACAAGAAUUACAUAGAAUAAUUAAUGAUAGAGAAAUGAGAGAUGCUAUUAUUUUAGUAUUUGCGAACAAACAAGAUCUGCCAGAUGCCAUGAAGCCACAUGAAAUACAAGAGAAGCUUGGCCUGACCCGUAUUCGGGAUCGUAAUUGGUAUGUCCAACCAUCUUGUGCUACUACUGGCGAAGGACUAUAUGAAGGACUGACAUGGCUAACGUCCAAUCACAAGUCCUGAGGACAGUGAACUUAAUUUAAAAAACCCUUAUUCACCAUGUGAAUUUAUUCAUUAAUAAUUGGUACCAGUUCUAUACUCCUUACAAUUUCUAUGGCUCUGUUUCAUCAAGAUUAAUAAAUAAGAGGUGGAUGGAUGAAACAUGGCCAAUUCAUUAAUUUACAGUUUAUUGAAAUUAAACCGAAGCAAGUUUUUUUAAUAAUAAUAAUGAACUUCAGUCCACUCGAGCUGAAUCCGUCUGCCGUUCCGCAACACAUUUGUUCCAGUAUAGGCUUUUCACCAAUUUUUUGUACAUAAAGAACUGUUUUCAUUAAAUAUUGUGAUAAGUUGUAAUUGUUUAUCUGCUCUUUUGAGGGUUUUUAUGUACAUGUGCAAUGACUCAUAUGUUUCAUUUUUUUUUUCAUUUCUCCUUUGCCAUUUUGUGCAUUUAAUUUGUGGAGUAUCGGUGUUCAGAGGUCAUGUACGACUGGAAAAAAAUGAGAUUCAUUAUUUAUAAAUGGUGGAAAUAAGUCCAUUUGUAUAUGGAAGGCAUUUCUUAUUUGGUCUUAUCGGUUUUUCCAUUACAUGUAAUCAAAUUUUAUGUGUCUGACUUCCAUUUUGCUGUGAAUUUAAAUACAUUUGAUUUAAUACAGCCUUUAAAAAAAUGCUCCCUGUAUUUGAACUUUUAGUGGCCCAUCUGCUUCAUCAAUCAAAUUCAAAUUUCAUUUAUUCUGCGUUAUGCGCUCAAAAUCAUGAUGAUUUAAAUCAGUUAAUCUCUCACAGUUACAGUGAACCAAUUUUUAUUGGCAACACCUGCUUUUUUUUUGCUGAAAUGUGAUCCUAACAUAAAAAAACAAAGUGAAUUUAAAAGUAUAUUUUUAGUAUGAAAAAUGGCAGUGCUAGGCAGAAAAGAAGAAAAGGGUAUUUUAUAUGUUUUCAACUUGUCAGCCAUUCAGAUCUACUGAACAUAUUCUUCCAACAAUGAGAAAAAACGAAAGUACAAUAGAUCGUAUAUUGCAUUUUGAUCAUUUCCUUUGUGUCUAGCAUCGCUACUAUUCUUGCUGAUAUCCUCAGUGGUGUAGUUGUAUGAGGAGUUGGGGGACAAAACACCCCCGAAAUGAUGCUAAUUGCUUCAUUAAUCCAAAUAGAUAGAAUCUCUAUUUAUUAGAAUCUCUGUAUAUGAUUAUAAAAAGGUAAUUAAAGGUAUAAAAUAUAACCAUCAGACCAAAUUAUCCCUUUCCUAUAAUACGACUAUGCCCCUUGAACUCCAUUUUAAGUUUCUUAUUGUUUCUGAGAAAAAAAUGAAUUGUUGCAACUUUGAAAUUAGAACUCUGUUACCAUAACAAUGAGAGCACAAUUGUUUUAAAUCAUCUUAAUCUCAGUUUUUAAACAACACUGAAUAAAAUUUUUGUUUUGAUUGGUCAAGCGGCUAGACUGUUAGAGACUUAUAUGUGCAGAAAGUAUUUUCAUGAUCGCCUGGAACAUGAAAUAAUGUAAAGUUAAAAAUAUAAAUAUGGUUUCUUUUGUCCUUAUAAUCAUUCCAAAGAAAAGUUUGGCAUAGAGAAUGAAGUUAGAAAAUUAUUUUCUGACACUUUCUUAUUGAAUUAUAUAUACUUUUUUUUAGAAAAAAACGUGGAAAUAUUUAGCAAAGCUUUAUUUAUUUCAUGGUACUCAUAUGUAUUUGCAAAAUUGUUUUGUUUGUGAAAGUUUUAAAAUGAAUUGAUUUUAUUAAAAUUCCUCAUUUCUUAUUUAUUUUAUUUCUUUAUUGUAUCUUAAAGUGUUCUCAUCUUCAAAUAAAUAAUGGUCUUUAUUUAAGAAACUGACUUUAUUUUUGCAAAAAGUUUUAAAACUAUUCUCUAUGAUAUAAAUGCAAGGCAACUUACGUUCUCAUUUUUUUUUUUUUAAAUUUUUUAUAUGAAAAAGAAGUUAAAAUUAGUUCUCAAAUUCUGAACAGUUAAAAGAUAUCAAUGUAUAACCCAAACAGUGUUUUGCUUUAAAUCACUUUAUGUCAAUAAAAGUAUAAAAUUGAAAUUAAAGAAACUAAUUUGA